GGGAGAGCCGAGAAGGGCGCAUCCCUGCGCCGCCCCCCUCCAGUGCCUUCCUCAGUAUCCGGGGUCGCCCGCCCCUCUCAGCAAUCCAAAGAUGCCCCGAGGAUUUCUGGUGAAAAGAAACAAGAAGUCCACGCCCGUGUCCUACCGGAUCCGCUGCUGUGAGGACGGGGACCGGGAGCUGCUGCUUUUCGCCAGCUGCGGCGGCGGCGGUGGCGGCUCCUCUCCGUCCCUCCCCGGCUCCGAGCGGGCUCCGGCAGCGCUGCUGGCUAGCGCGCCCCCGGCCCCACUGUUGCUGCCGCCGCCGCUGCCGCUGCCUCCCCGAGAACUGCCCGUGCCGCCGCCACCGGCCGCGGGCCCCAAGCCCGUGCAGUUCGGCAACCCCGAGGCGGUCUACCCGGCGCCGCUGUACAGCCCCACGCGGCCCGUAAGCCGGGAGCACGAGAAGAAGAAGUACUUCGAGCGCAGCUUCAACCUGGGUUCUCCAGUCUCCGCAGAGUCCUUCCCCACGCCCACAGCCUUGCUGGGCGGCGGGGGCGGCAGCGGCGGGGGCGCGAGCAGCAGCGGCGUUGGGGGGGGCACCUGCGGCGGGGACCCCCUUCUCUUCGCCCCUGCCGACCUCAAGAUGGGCACCGCCUUCUCCUCGGUCGCUGGCGCGGAGGCUGGAGGCGGGGGUGGGGGCCGGGGCGCCGGCAACCACCACCCCCCGGCCGGCAGCCUACUGUCGGUCCCCGGUCCCGCCGCCGCCGCCACCCUGCGGCACCCGAGUAAACGGCCUGCGCCCGCGCCUACUGCAGAGGCCGGUGCUCCCUCGGCCAAGCCGGCCAAAGCGCCGGCCGCCAAGAAGCCCAAGGCCAUCCGCAAGCUGCACUUCGAGGACGAGGUGACCACGUCGCCCGUACUGGGCCUCAAGAUUAAGGAGGGCCCAGUGGAGCCGCCCAAAGGCCGGGCCGGGCUGGGGGCAGCCGGUGGGGCUGCGGGGGGCGGUGGCGGCGCGGGCAGCGGCGCAGGCGGCGGGGGCGUUGGUGGCGGCGGAGGUCGGCCGCUGGGCGAGUUCAUUUGCCAGCUGUGCAAGGAGGAGUAUGCGGACCCGUUUGCCUUGGCCCAGCACAAGUGUUCCCGCAUUGUGCGCGUGGAGUACCGCUGCCCCGAGUGCGACAAGGUCUUCAGCUGCCCCGCCAACCUCGCUUCGCACCGCCGCUGGCACAAGCCCCGACCCCAGGCAGCCGCAGCCGGCGGGCACCACGCCCCGGGGACAGCGGUGGCCGCCGCGGGUCCCCUGGCCCCGCCAGCCGGGGGCGCCCGAGCGGCCGAGGGCAAAGGCAGUGCGGACGAGGCUCUGGCCAAGGCUGGGGCUGGUGGCGAGCCGAAGGAGGCGGGCGGUAGCGACCGGGACACGCCGAGCCCCGGGGUGUCAGAAUCAGGCUCCGAGGACGGGCUGUACGAGUGUCACCACUGCGGAAAAAAGUUCCGUCGCCAGGCCUACCUGAGGAAGCACCUGCUGGCGCAUCACCAGGCCCUGCAGAGCAAGGGGACGGUCCAAGGGGCGCCGCAGUCCCAGCCCCCGCCCCCGCCCGCCCAGCCGGACGACCUACUGGUCUACCCCAGCUACCCGGGGUCCGACGGCUUGCAGCCGCUGCCACCGCCCGAGAAGGCGGGGAAGGAAGCUGGGGGCGAAGGGGAAGCGUCGAAUCCCCUCAACAUGAGUGCCCCCACCGAGUGCCAUCUGUGCCCUGUGUGCGGGGAGACCUUCCCCAGCAAGAGUGGCCAGGAGCGCCACCUCCGCCUCCUGCACGCGGCCCAGGUGUUCCCCUGCAAAUAUUGCCCGGCCACCUUCUACAGCUCGCCGGGGCUCACACGGCACAUCAACAAAUGCCACCCCUCGGAGAACAGACAGGUGAUCCUGCUGCAGGUGCCUGUGCGUCCUGCCUGCUAGAGAGAGCCUGCUCCGAACAGGAGAGAAGAGGAGAAGGAAAGGGAAAAGAGGAAGGAAGGAAGAAAAAGAAGACGAAAAAAGCCUAACCCCUUUUCCCUGUCAGAAAUAUCCACCCCAUCUCCAGCCCCUAUAGCCCCAGCUCCCCAGCCCCUGAAGAAGUGUGCCUUCGCUUGUAGAACCACAAAGAGACUGUGAGCCCUGGCCGUCGGUCCUUCAGUCCAUCAGUCUGUCCCCAGCCCUGUCCCUCCUGCUCCACCCCAAACUGCUUUCUUGGCGUUCGUGAAUGAAACGCGCUUGGUGGUGAAAACUGAAACGUGAAAAGUGUUGUCUUGAUCUUGUAGCGUGCUGGUAACCAACUCUUCACCCCUCUCCUCCUCCAUCUCCCAACCCUGUUGUGAUUUAUUUUUUUAAUUUCUCCUUCAUUAUCUCCAGGUUAACUUGUUCACGUAAGAGCUGUUUUAUUUCUGUUAAAAGGGAAGAAAAAGCUGUACACUUUUGUCUCCUUGUUGGUGUUCCUCCCUUACCCUACGCUAUUACCCUUUCCUUUGGAUUUUUUGGAAGCUCAAAAUAUAUACCUGCUGAAUCCUUUUGCAAAGCAACUGUUUUUACUGCUAGUGUUCGAUGUGUUGACGGUCUCUAGAAAGUCUCCUUUUUCUCUCCUUUUCUACCCAUCUCUACUCUUUUCUCUACAUGUAUUUAGCCUACGGGUUGUUUUUAGUCAAUCUUAAGGAAUAAUGCCUUUAUACUUCACAGGCUGUAAAUUGAAUUUACCACAUGAUUAGCUUUAUUAUGGCUUGUGAACUGCUGGAUUCUGGCUUUACCUUUUUGUAUGUGAACAAAUCAAACUGCUUAAAAAAAGAGUUUUCUUUAGUAUAGCCACAAAUGCCUUGAAUUGCUGUUUUGUUUCAGGGUUGUUUUUAGGGGGAGGGGAGGGAAGUUUUCAGAGUAUGCUGUAGAAAUUGCCUUAAUAUUACAUGUCAACUUUUUUGUUUGAUAAUCUUUGUUGCGGUAGGACCAUAUGAGUUUACUCUAAAUGUAUAUGUUGAUUUAUGAGUGUUAUUUAUUCACUAUUUAUUUAUAUUAUGAAAAUUAUGAUAUUAUUUGAUUGCGGAUAUUUUUGAUGCGCUUUUUUUCUGCCACUUGUGACAUUUCACUGUGCAUUUUAGAAGAGGGUCUUUUUCUAAAGGGAUCUGCUAAAAGUUUUAACUUUUAUACCUAUCUGAGCGAUUACAUACAACCUUACCAUUUGCUUGGAGGGCUCAGACAGCUCUUGUACAACCGACAGCUCUUACUUUUAGAUGCAAUCUCUUUUCUACACACAUUAUUUUCUUAAUUGUUAGCUAUUUAUAGAAUGCUUCAAUAGAACUGUUUCAACUGUAUAACUAUUUACUAUUCAAAUAAAAUAUUUUCCAAGUCAAA